GUUCAGUCUAACAUUCCAGUCUCAUCUCAACUCUUCACUACUUCAGAAGGACCUCCGUAUGCAUACAGGAAUACCCCACGGAUUUUAAACUUUUUAUUUCAAAUUGAGCUUCAGUUUUUUACAAUGAGACGACAAUUUUCUUCAAUUCAAUUAAAUCUAACUAGGCUCAUCUAAAGUUUCUUGGAAUAAUGAGGAGCAAUUUUUUCGCGUGGAUUUAAGUUUUUUUUUUUUUGUUAUAUACUCAAGUUGUUCCAUAAAAAAAAACAUGGAGCUUUCCUUGAGAGUUAAUCUAUUAACAGCCUUUGUUUCAUGUAUCAAGGUUUGUGCUGAAGCGGUGCAUCCUCUCAAGCAUCCAGGCUUGCAAGUGUUGUCCACAGCCUCACAUUAUUGGCCUCUGGAUGCUGUGGAUGGGAUCCACGGGCUGUGGGACCAGAUUGGAAACAGACCAGGUUAUGUUAACGGAAGUAAUAUAACUCUCAGAAUCCACAACCAUACUGUGCUCCCUUCCUCCCAUAACACUUCCUAUGUGUAUACCAAUGACUCUGCCUACACUAACAUUUCUGCAACAGUAGAUAUUGUUGAGGGAAUGGUCAACAAGGGUAUUUUCCUGAAUGGAGAUAACGGCGGUACUUUCCUCCACUUUGGAAGCUACCAGAACUCUUGCAUUAGUGACCCCACUCUGUGUGGCCCCAAUGGAAUUACUUUUUCGUUUUUUUGGAAAAAUCAUGAAGCAGAAUCUCGUUUUGCUGUAGCAUCUGGAGGGAAAGUCAUCUCUAAUGGCUUCUCUGUCUACACAAACCCCCUUGGAGGAUACGUGGAGUUCUACACUCGAGGCAACAACCACAGAUGGAAAGCCAAUAUUAGAGUUCCAGGACCUUACUGGACUCAUAUUCUCUUCACAUGGAAAAAAACGGCAGGUCUGAAGGUUUAUAUCAACGGCACUUUUACUGCUGGUGAUGAAAGUGGUGGCGUUUCCGAAAACUACGGUGACCCCUAUUCUGAUCUUGUCAUUGGAACUGGUAAUGACAGGGCCUAUGGUCACUAUGUAACAGGAGCCUUUGAUGAGUUUGUCAUAUGGGAAAGAGCUCUUUUGCCCAGUGAGAUCUUUCUCUACUACAGUGCUGCUAUGGGUCAUGCUAUAGAGUUUGCCACGACACCAAGUGUUAUCAAAGAACUGCCUUUUGCGACAACAACAGUGAGAACCACUGAAGUGAGUCCUCCUGUUGACAGCAGUGUCCACGAUGAGGUCCAAAGACCCCAGGAUUCAGAGUCAAUGCCAGUUUUGGGUUUUCUCAAAGCUCUGCCCAAUAGGACCAUUCCUCACUACACAGCCAACAACCUCACGCAGGCGUUCCUCAAAAAUGUGGAAGAAGUCCUGUCCUCUCCUGGGUUACCAGAGCAGUCCGGUCCUGUGGUCAGUGGUUUGAUCGAAACAGUGGACCGAGUAAUGGGCCGCAUGGUGGCUAACUUGGAGCCCAGCCCAAACUCUCUCAUCUCUCUGGGAGGGACAUCGUUUGUUGCAGAUUAUCUUUUGAUGAAAUUGCCACAGAACUACAACUUGCAACAUUACCGCUUCCCAACACAGGGAAAGAACUACAUCUCCGUACCCGUGGAGGCUUUCACCAUGCAAUCUCAAACCACCAUUGUUGGCCUCUUCUACCACAACAUGCACAGCUACUACAAAGAAAUCAGGCCUGUUGAGACCAGGAUUAACGAAGCUGCUGAGUUCAAGGAUCAUAAAAUCCAGUUUGCAAGCUGCUUGAUCUCUCUGAAUGUGGAGCCUUCACCAGCCCUGUCGGUCAACCUCUCCGGAGCACCUCUCAUCAAGAUUGUUCUGACCCAUGUUUUGAGUGAUGAACAGCAGGAGCAAGUGAUGAAUCAGAGCAAUAAAGUCUUCAUCUACUGCGCAUUCCUGGACUAUAGUUCCAAGGAGGGCGUAUGGUCCAAUCAAGGUUGUGUGCGCUCAGGUGGAAACAUGACCUACUCUGUGUGUUUGUGCAACCACCUCACUAACUUUGCCAUCCUAAUGCAAGUGGUUCCUUUAAAGCUCACCACUGGCCACCGGGUGGCACUGUCAACCAUUGGCUAUGUCGGCUGCUCCAUUUCCAUCUUCUGUUUGGCCAUCACUCUUGUUACCUUUGCAGUUCUGUCGUCUGUUAGUACCAUCCGAAACCAGCGUUACCACAUCCAUGCCAACCUCUCUUUUGCCAUCUUGGUGGCUGAGAUCUUGCUGCUCAUCAGUGCCAGCUUUGACCCGGGCACGCUGCCUUGUAAGAUUAUGGCUGUUCUGCUUCACUUCUUCUUUCUGAGCGCAUUCGCUUGGAUGCUUGUGGAGGGCCUCCACCUCUACAGCAUGGUUGUCAAGGUGUUUGGUUCAGAGGGCAGUAAACAUGUCUACUACUAUGGCAUUGGUUGGGGCUCUCCCCUGGUGAUCUGUGUGGUGUCCAUGACAUCAGCUUUGGACAGUUAUGGUGCAGUUGACAACUGCUGGCUGUCCCUGAAGAAUGGAGCCAUCUGGGCAUUUGUGGCACCAGCACUGUGUGUCAUUGUGGUAAACAUUGGCAUUUUGAUAUCCGUGACCAGAAUAAUAUCUCGCAUCAGUGGAGAGAAUUACAAAGUUCAUGGGGAUGCAAAUGCAGUCAAGCUCACUGCAAAGGCCGUGGCAGUCCUCCUCCCCAUACUUGGCAUUUCCUGGAUCUUUGGCGUUUUAGCCGUCAACACACACUCCCUGCCGUUCCUUUACAUCUUUGCCGUUUUUAACUCCUUGCAGGGUUUUUUUGUCUUCCUUUUCCAUUGCCUUCUUAACUCAGAGGUCAGAGCUGCUUUCAAACACAAGACAAAAGUGUGGACCCUCACCAGCAGCUCCAUGCGAAACAUCAACGUGAAGCCCUUCAACUCUGACAUUAUGAAUGGAAACAAGGAGGGUGUAUCCCCCACUAAGAUGAACACGUGGGACAAAAGCACCAACUCCGCCAAUCGUAUUGACCUCUCAGCAGUGUAGACGCACGUGUAGAAUUUGGCCAGACAUUAGCCAGAUAAUUUCCACACUUUUUAUCAUGGUAAUUCUGGAAUAAAGGGAUGUCAAAUGAGGUGACACAUGGCUCCAUCUUUAAAGACAAACAGACUCCAACUGUGCCUUAUAUAUAUAGCAGGUUGAGAUUCCCAAGUUCGGGUAGAGAGUUCUGAGGUCACAGAAAGUGUAAUGGCAUCAUUCCAUGUCAGACUAAGAUGCUGAUAAGUGUCUAGAUUGGUCUGUAGCGUUUGUUCACAGCAUUUGGUUUAUUUAAUUUGAAGUUUCUUCACUGCUAAUAAGCGUAUUAGCUUGGAAAUGACAUCAUUCCUUUGGUGUACGUUUCAACAAUGUGUGCAUCAGCAUCCACCAAUGUAUGCUCGUUUUGCCUGCUCUCCUGCACUCACUGCAGACUCAACAUCUCCAUUAAUCAAAAUUUUCAUGUACAGUUGAUUCACCGUUUUUCCAGGUGUCCAGUGCAGUAAACUGCAAAAUAAGACACCCUAAUGAAGUAGUAAAUUGGGCAAUGUUAUUCUGAUGUGAUGUAUUUAUUUUUGGAUUCGAUGUGUUUGAUGUCUUCUGCUAUGUUUAACAGUGAUUCUGUUUGUGCGUGUUGUGUGCAUUCUUUUGUUUUCACAAACCUCAUCCCUUGGCGAGAUGCAGUGUUGGUAUGUUCUCUUAAGGAUAGCAAAUAAUUGUGUGUUUUGAACACAGUUCUGUGAAGUUUUAUGGUGUAUUUCUUAAGCUACAUUUCUUACCUUUUGUACAUUGAAGUGAAUAUGUUCUAUCAACAAACAGAAGAACGUAAUUAAGAUGUCUUUUUGUUGAUGACUGUGAGAAUGAAGUGUGAUGACAUCUGUGUGUCAUUGAUCUAACACUGUACAAACAGGAUUCAGAAAAACAGGAUUUACUGUAAGGCUCUGUGCACUCACAUUUCAUGUUUUUAAGUUAAAUAUUGCAGUAUUUCAACACAUGUAUUGGUUCACAUUAGCUCUUAUGGUACUAUGGUUUGUGCUUCCAAUCAUGUUUAAUAAACUGUCUAUGAGACAAUUACCUAUUUUGUAAUCAAGUUUACCUGAGACACCUUUUUCCUCUGGGGUUUGCAGAUCGAAAAACUGAACCAUUUUGUGUAUU